GUUCUUCAUAAACUGGAUACGGCAUGCAGUGAAACGUCGGCCAGAAAUGAGGAUCAGUGGACGAAGAGGAACGAGCCGAGAGUUACGACCGUCUUGAGUCAACGACGACUCGCAAAUGCGAGCGCAUCAUCGAAGAAGAACACUGAAGAAAUGGAACCGCUGAAAGCAACGGCUGUUAAGAGACUCACUCUAGAUUGCUUUGAACAAGACUCAUCUUUCCUCAAACUCCAAGAUUGGUGGCUUAGUUUAAAGCUAGAGCAAAAAAUCUUGCGUAUCUGCCUGAUCCAGCAGAGACGGCUUGCCGUCUCGUAUACGGAUUGGGCUCGAAGCAUGAUAACAUGCCUCACCUAA